CAAAGCUGUUCCGUGAUACCGUAAUCGCGUACCGUAACUAAACUAACAACAUAUGUACAUACUUGGGGCACAUUCGGGUGAUGUUCGUUCCAGUAUUGGGAUUAGCGAGCGAGCGCGCGCGCUCGCGCGUUACGAUCGACAGACGAUCGAAAAAUACUGAGGGCAGUCGGUCGCGAGCUUUGCGGGUGAUGAACAUCAUCACACCAUCGGUUAACUGGAACUUUGACGAUCGCGUUGGGAACGAUGGUUUCUCAAAGAGUCUUUACGUCGAUUGAAAAGUCGUGUUGAAAAGAAGGGAAACAUCGGGGAAAAUUAGAUUAGAAAAUCGCGGUAGAUCACGUACGCGGCGCGUGAUAGGAGACAAUAAGAGGGGUGGGGGUGGGGGGGUGUGGAGGAAAAGUGGUAGAAAGAAUAGGCAGAAAGAAAGGAGUGGCAAGGGAAGGAAAAGAAGAAGAGAAGGGAAAGAAAGGAAGAGAAAGGGGCGGGAAAGGAGAAAGAGAAGGUGCGGCGCGAUCCCGAGCGCGGAAAGACGCAUGGAAAUAGGAAGUAGCGAUGCAGCGUCUCUGUACGAUUGUUCGCUUUAACGUGACCUUGUUCGUUUUAAUUUGUCACUCGACCAAGAUCGGCGGUGAGAAAAUGGAGAGAACGGAGGGUUCGUUCUGCCGUCCAUUCCCUGGGAUCGCUUUCGAAGGAAGUAAGAUCGACAGAUUGGAGAACGGAAGUUUAUUGUACGAUAAAUUGGUGUACCCUGCCGGAUCGUACCGAGCAUUCGAAAACAAAACGUACGGAUGCAUAUGCAAUUUGCGAACUUGUCUGAGAAAGUGCUGCAAGCGAAACGAGAUUCUGGGGAAAGGCGAUCGGCCAAACUGCGUUCGUCUGUCGAACGGAUCGUUUGCUCCCGAUCUCGUUCUCGAGCAGCAUCAACUCGCUACCGAGUGGAUUGAAGGAACAUCCGGUCUGAGCAAGCUGUUCGUUCUCGUGGAGGAUAUGCAAUGUCCUGAAAAUAUGUCAAGGUACAUGCUCGAGCCGGAACGUUACGACGAUGACGCAUUUGUUCUGCAAGCAAACGGUACUCUUGAAACCGUGGCUUACAAGUUUGCAGCAUGGAAUUAUUGUCUCGACUGGAAAGAAUCUUUCGAAAAGGUGGUCGCCCUGGUUUGUUCGUCCGAUUCGUCCACAGUAAAUAGUUCUUCAGAUCGAGAGGAGUACUUCGAUGUUGGCCUCGUUGUUUCCAUACCGUUCUUUUUCGCGACUUUCUUCGUCUACGCGAUCAUCCCGGAAUUGAGAAAUCUCUAUGGAAAGACUCUAAUGUGUUACGUGGGUUGCUUGAUACUCGCCUACACUUUUCUCGUCUUGGCCAAAUUGAAUUAUCUCAAAUUUAUCUUCUGCUCUACGAUAGCGUUCAUCAUCUACUUCUCAUUCUUGGCUAGUUUCUUCUGGCUGAACGUCAUGUGUUUUGAUAUUUGGUGGACGUUCGGAGGUUUCCGAUCCCUACGAGGCAGUGUAAUGCAACGAGAGCGGAAAAAGUUUUUAAUAUACUCCAUCUACGCUUGGGGUUGCGCAUUGAUUCUCACCGGUGUUUGCGUCAUUGUGGACUUUUUCCCCGACAUUCCGGAAUAUGUUAUCAAGCCACAAUUUGGCAGACAAAAUUGCUGGUUUACAACUCGUAACGCAAGGGCGGUAUACUUUUACGGUCCGAUGGGCGUUACCGUUUUCUGCAACAUAUGUCUCUUCAUUUCCACGGCAUUGAAGAUCGUGCAACAUAAAAAGAACACGGCUCAGCAACUAAAAGGCACGGACAGUAGGCGGCAUGACGACAAUAAACAAUGGUUCAAUCUGUACUUGAAACUCUUCAUCGUAAUGGGCAUCAAUUGGUCAAUGGAAAUAGUGUCGUGGCUCUGCGACAAUUCACCGGCUUACAUUUGGUAUCUUACAGAUCUUACAAAUACUUUGCAAGGUGUAAUCAUCUUUUUGAUCUUCGUCUGGAAAGAUAAAGUCAAACGACUGUUACUAAAAAGAUUUGGUUGUCGCGGAAGUAACGUUCUGUCGAGGACUCGCAGUACUUGUCAUAGUUCAGCCGUCUCUCGUACUUCUACAUUGACGACACAGUUCCAGGAGAAAAUCGACCUCUAUUCCAAUGAUCCAUCUGGCAAAUCAAUCGUUGAUAAUUAAUAACGAUUAUAUUUGAGCUAUUCGUUUGUGCAAUUCGUAAGUAAAUUCGUCUGCGGCUUCCGUCACUUCUCGAUUUCUCGCAAAAGUACCAAAAUUUUUUCCCUUCCAUUCUAUUGGCAUGAAAAAUGAUACAGUGGAUUGAAUCGAAUUGAAAUGAAAUGAAAUGAAAUGAAAUGAAAUGAAAUGAA